UCCACUCUCGCCCGAUCACUGUUCGCUUGCUUGCUUUUCGCUCACUCGCAGAACACAUUCGUUUGUCUGCGGUUAAACGUCGCGUCGGGUGCUGAUCUUCUUGCUCGUGUGUUGAGCCUGUUACCUUUUCUAGAAUCCAGAUUCGAUGGGGAAAAAAUCUGCAAGUUUUACCAUUUUCCGUCUGUGUUGAAGAAAUACCCUAAUGAAUGGCAAAAUGCGAUUUUUUGCGUUUAAGUGGAGCAUGAUAAUGUCCAAAAAAUGAACAUAAAUCAUUAGCAUCUCGUCUGGUGUGAGGUAAAUGGUUGGAAAAAUGGCAACAAGGAAAAAAUAAGUUUUGUACGGGACGGAGCUUUCUUGUAAUUAUUCAAUGGUUUGCCGUCUGAAAAUGGAUUGAAAACUUCACGGGUUCAAUAUUGCAGUGUAUAAGCUUUAAAAAAGCCUGUGUAUAUAGCGUGAAACUAAAUGCCAAGUGCCGGUCCCAAUCAAAAGAAGUUUGUUGUGCAAAUUGAGCUUCUCCCUGGGGGAAAAUCUUUUCGCUUUGGAUACCGAAUCUAGCGGCCAUCUUUCUCUUAGCGCUGCGUACGUGUGCAAAGUGAAUUCAGUAGUGUGCGUAUCGAUCUAUGUGUGCACGUUUUGUUUUUAAUGGUGUGAGUUUUUUGGGUGGAAGAAUUUUCCGUGGAAAACUGAAGUAGGCCACCUUUCUCCUAUGAAAGUAAAGGAUAUAGCGAAAGCAACAAUGUUUUCGAAAAACAAGUGAAAUCUGAUUGUCUGAAGCAUUAUUUUGCACAGGUAUAAAGUUGGGGAAAAUUGAACUGCGAUCGGAAUUGGAUAACUGGCAAUAGACGUCUCUCGAGUGUUUGUAAAAUGGCAUCCCAGACAUCGGGGCCUUCGACUGCCACUAACAUGGAAACUGAUGACCUGGUGGACCCGAUGAACGAUUUCCUGCCGCUGCUACCGGAAAAUAUCAAACAGGAACUGUUCGAAAGUUCUGACAAGGGUACAGCAAAUCUGUGCGAUAGUGUGGAAAAUAAGGGUGAUGCCCCGGAAACCGCCUCCAAUGACACACCGGUGCCGACCAAAUGCGUUUGGUGUCAACAGAUCCUCGCCACAAACGACCACCCGAAGCUGCUUGAGUGUUUGCAUGUGGGUUGCGAUCCAUGCGUUAAGCAGAAGUUCGCCGACUUGCCCCACAAUGCGCCCGUGUUAUUCUGUCCGGUGUGCAAGAUGGAAUCCCGGAUGGAGUUCAUCAUCGAUAACGUGUUCCUGAAUGAAAACACGACGGAUGAGAAUCCGGGCAGUGUCGAGUCCACGAAGGACAUGAUAAAAUGCAGCAGCUGUAGCGAUGAUGCCAACGCCACGUCCUGGUGCGUCGAGUGUGCCGAGUUUAUCUGUGAAAGCUGUGUGCAGGCGCAUCAACGGCUGAAAAUUACCAAGGAGCACACAAUCAAACCGAAGGAGGCCGCCUGCAGUGAAAUUCCCGGCAGCAGCGGCCUCUCCGGGAAGAACAUCAUGUGUCACAUCCACUCACAGGAAAAACUAUCCCUCUACUGUGAAACCUGCGACAGAUUAACGUGUAGAGAUUGUCAACUGGUGGAUCACCGGGAUCACAAGUACAAGUUUGCCAAUGAAAUUGCCAGCGAAACGCGAAAUUCCCUGCAAGCGUUGUUGAGCGAGAUAAGCUACAAAAAAGUGCUACUGUCCAGUGCGAUGAAGGUGAUCGAUGAUCGACAGGCACUGAUCACCGAGAAAAAGAAAGAACUCUCCAAAGAAAUCGCUGACCUCGUUGUCAAGUUAACCAACGCAGUGAACAUGAGGGGUAAACAGCUCGUUUAUAGGCUGAAUCAGGUCUGUGACACCAAACUGCAAGUACUGAACGAAAAGAAAGAUGCCUUGCAGCAGCUUUCGGGGCACACGGACCAUUGUAUAGAAUUUGUACAAUGCGCCCUCGACAAAGGUAGUGAUAGUGCCGUAUUAUACAGUAAAAAGACGCUAGCGAGACACUUACAAAAAGUGAAAUGCCAGCGGGCUGAUAUUCCAAAUCCAGAGAUACCAGUUCGGGUUCAACUAUUCCUAUCCAACGUUCCUGAAUUGCAGAAUGUGAUUGCUCGAAUUGGAACUAUUCUCGUAGACGGUAAAGUGUACCCACCGCCACCAGGCCCAGCAGGGAACGCGAGUGUACCAGUUCCUGGAGCAGUUCAAAACCGUUCUAAACAACCCAGUCCAAACAUUACGCCACCACUGAGGCCUGGGAUGCCCGGACCUGGCAUGACGACUCUCUCCUCCAAUAACGCUAAUGGGCCCGGAGGUUUCCCCAAUGUUCCACCCAUGUACAAUGGUAACAGUGGUGUGCCGGUGGGAGGGCCUUUCCCGCCGAAUCAUCCAAUGGGGCGAUCCUUCCAGCAGGAAAAUGGUCCAGGGGGUAACUUUGGCCGAUUUCCGAUGGGUCCGCCGCAUGGAAUGCCUCCUCAACAGCAUGUCAGUUCAUCAACACAUCCCCAAAAUAUGGAUUUACGUAAUCUGUUGAGUCAUCAAAAAUCAAACGGACCAAGCCGCGGUUCGCCCAAUGCACCAAGUUCGGCCGGCAAUGCUAAUGUUAACAAUCAAUUUAACACAGCAAAUUUCAUGAGCAAUGUUCCGCCUGGCUCUGGAGGUCCACCUCAACAUCGAAUGACCGCCCAAAUGGGGGGCGCACCUCCUGGUUAUUUAGCUGGUCCCGGUGGAGGCCAUCAAAACUACAAUCAAGGCCAGCCAGGACCUAAUAGCAACGGCAUGGGAAUGGGUGCCAACAAUCCGCGCUUCCAGAAUUUCCAAAGAUUCGCAAUGCCUCCGGCUGCUAUGCGGCACAUGAUGGGAAAUAAUACUUCUACUCUUCUCACACCAAAGCAGCAGGCGGCGAUGCGUUACCCAGUCCAGCAAACUCCUCCCGGCUACAACCCUAAUUCACCACAGCCUAGUCCAAUGCAGCCACAGCACCCUAGUGGGAAUGCCGGUGGUGGGGGAGCCGCCGGAGGUGGCGGUGGCGCCAAAUGGCAUAUACCUCAAAACAUGCAAGGACAGCAGAACAAUGGAUUCGGGGGCCCCUCCGGGCUGCAUUUAUUCGGUAGCGGUCCGAAUGAGUCGUUUAAGAUACCAUUAAAAUCUCCCGACACGAUGCGCAACUCCAUGAUGAUAAACGGUAGCAAUACCGGCGGAGCUCCAAGUGGACUUACCCAAAUACCUCACCAUCAUCACCAGCAACAGCAUCAACAGCAACAACAGCAACAGCAGCAACAACAGCAGCAACAGCAACAGCAGCAGCAACAACAACAACAGCAGCAGCAGCAGCAACAACAACAACAACAAAAUCAUCACCUCCAGCAGCUGCAGAACGCUAUGCCCAACGUUAGUUCCACCAAUCCGAAGACACCAUCGCCAAGCACGAAUGAGCCGGGGAAAGAUUUUGUCGAAUCUAUCGAUAAGACCUGUGAGGACUCGGUAAACGAUCUGAUGGCCACCAUUGCAAAGUUAGACUCGAAUGGAGUGCAAGUUUUACCGGAGGGUCACCGGGGGAAAACAACCUCACCACAGGUGCACAGUUCGACUGAUCUCAAUUCCAGCGUUUCCGUGGCCGGCAUUGGGGCUGGAGUGGUGCUGGUGGACGACAAAAGUCUCCCCAAGGAACUGGAUCCCAAUGAGGACUGGUGCGCCGUUUGCAUGGACGGAGGUGAGCUAAUGUGCUGUGAUAAAUGUCCGAAAGUGUUUCAUCAAACAUGUCAUAUACCGGUAAUCGAUUCGCUACCGGACGAAAGCGAAACAUGGCAGUGUUUGUUGUGCUAUAACUUUGCCGAUCUACCGCCAGUUGCAGAACCAACAGGCGAGAAGCGAAAUGUUGGAAUCACUCCGCUCGAACUGAAGAUAUUGCAAAGGAUAGUGCUAGAGUUAUUCUGUCAGUACGAAACCAGCAUGCCGUUCCGCCAUCUCGAGCCGGACACAAAUAAAGCUUAUUAUGAUAUAGUAUGCAAUCCAAUUUCGUUAGCAAUGAUCCGGGAUAAACUGGAGAUGACAAACAGCGAACAUUACACCGACAUCUUAUCAUUUAUUAGUGAUGUGAAACGAUUGUUCAACAAUGUCUAUCUAUUCUAUCAGGAGGACAGCAUCACCUACAAAAACGCCCAUAAGUUGGAAAAGUUCUUCGAGCAGCAACUCGCCAAAUGGCUUCCGAAGUAUCUCGAAAGUGAAUGUUUCGAUAACUACCUGCAGAAUCCUGCCAAGCGUAUCAAAAGUAUUUUAGAAGAUUAACAAUCAAAGGAAUGCGGCAUUGCCGCCGCACUGUCGCAACAACCAGAGCCUCCUACUUUUAAGCAACAGCAACAAGUGCUGUCCCAGCAACAGUUCCAACAUCGAUCCUCUGGUUCCAGUGAAGGAUCAUCCGGUGCAAGUGGGGAAAUGAGCACAGCAGCAAAAACGGGCCCAUCGGAUACUUGCGAAGAUGGUAGAGAACGCCAGCAGCAAGACGGGAGGCCUCGUUCAAGGGAAACAGAAACGGGUACGCAAGAUGCGUGUGGAGGUGGACUGGACGCUGCUGUGGCUACCGCCAUCACCGAAGAACAGAAGGAAACGGAAGCAACCGGUUAAAUGGAAGAAACCAGUCGAUAAAAAAAAUAGCAGCCAACAGCAAAAACUGCGGUGUAAAAAAAAGAUUGAUAAGGGAUAGUUCUGUAAAACAAAGACAGAAAGCAUGAAUUCAUAUGAUUUUACUUCGAAGAACAGGCACGAGAAAUUAAUUGACGAAAAGAAGUUUUCCAGAACAAAUAUGUACAUAUUAGGCAUAUAGAAAUUAUUUGGAAAUAGUUUCACAACAGCUACGAUGUGAAGGAAUCUUUAAUGUAGGGAGACAACCGGAAUCUCAAUCAGACAACGGAAGCAAGAUCAAAUCUGAGCUAUUUGCUAUUAUUAAAAGUUUGAAAGAUGAAAUCAAUUUUGUUAGUUGAUACUAACUUUCGAAGCUAACGUUAUCGUAUGUUAAAAACUUCCAUAUCACCUCAAGAUAUUCCUCCUCAAUUUCCUCGACGUAAACAGUUUUCCACGAAUAAUGGGGUUUCGUUGUAAAGAUGGCAUGGUUUUAUCGUGAACGCAUAACCAAUGAUGGUAUGAUUGAGUUCGAAAUAUUUGAAAACACUGAUAGGUAGAUUUAUGCACACCUGCUGCGAAUGUCAAAUUCUCAAUACAGAUUUAUUAUUUAUUUUAUCAUUCAUCGCAUAAAAAUAUAAUUUAUCGUGGAGUACCUUAAACUUCAAAAAUAUUCGUAUUAUCACAUCUACAGCAAACACAUGAGAAACUAGGCACUACAAGUAACUCUUAAGGCAGAUGUAAAAGAACAAAAUAAAACCAACAAGCAGUUAUUACUAGUAGACAGUAGGAAUUAACACUACAACAGAUCAGUACUCCUAACACGCAACAAAUGUCGUAUCUGAGGCGGCAGUGAUGUGUUAAUUGAGAAAUUUUGAUUAAGUAGAUACGAAACCAGACUUUAGUGUAUAGCGUCGAUUUUGGAUCACUGAAAACAAGUCGUUUUUUUAUUUCAAUCGAAUUUGUAAAAAAAUGUCUUCGCUAUUAGUAAGUAUACUAUUUUCUAGAGAUUGAUCUUUCUCUCUAUCAGUAGUUGUUUAGAAAGAAACCCGAACUUUCUGGACGAACGAUAUGGUUGAUUUUUCUGUAUACGAGCAGUGGUUAUAUGAGCGAAAUCAAGUGGUCAGAGUAGCGCGUAGCACUAUCAUGACAGCUAAGUUUGGCGAGAGUGUACGAGCGUAACAUUGUAGAAACAUGACGAUGAACAAAUUCAAAAAAAUAAAUUAUGAACAAAUUUAUAAAA